AUUUUUUUCCUUUCACUUUGCUCAAUAACUUUGCCUUGAUGAAUAGUAAAAAUUUAUUUAUUUAUUUUGUCUAGGAAAUCUAUGUGAAGGAGAUUCACCUUCAUUAAAAUCUCAUGGUCCUCUUAUGAUGUUGUUUUUCACAUACAAUGCCAGUUUGGCCAUGAAAAAAUUUUCUUUGAGAUAUUCUUUUCAUAUGUCUGAUUCUGUGAAAGGAAAAAUUAAUGGUAAAGAGGAUAAAGGAGGAUGUCCAGUAUUGGAUUUGAUUCCAGUUAGCUCUAUUGAGAUCACAUCUCCCAAUUAUCCUAACAUUUAUCCUAACAUGCUGAACUGCACUUGGACUUUUUAUUCUAUGUCAGGAAAUAAAAUGAAAGCAGUGAUUAAAGGCUUUAUAACAGAAGAAUCUUGGAACUGUGAAUGGGAUUACUUCAAUAUUUAUGACGGACCAGAUCAGCAAUCAGGAUUACUUGCUCAUUUAUGUGGCUCCAAGAAAGAAUUUGUCUUGAUAUCCAGUGGUGCUUACCUAACUGUGAAUUUUAAGACUGAUGAAUCUGUGGGAGAAAGAGGUUUUAAACUUACUUUGGAAGAUAUGACUCAGAAGCAAUCACAGAAAAGCAGUAUUGGGAUCCAACUGCCUAUUAAUGGUAAGAAAUUGUUUUAA